AUGGCGAACCGUGGUAGAAGUUACGAUGAGCAGGUCCAUUCCCUCAAGGACCUGCAGAGGCUUGGUUCAGAGAAGCUGGUCAGGUCAACGAGAGAAUACUACAAUGAGGGUGCCAUGGAUCUCAUCACACUCCACGAAAACGAAUCCGCAUAUGACCGCUACAGAAUCCGCCCCCGCGUCCUCCGGGACAUCUCCGUCAUCGACACCAGCGCCACAAUCUUUGGCACAAAGGUCAAGUUCCCGUUUGGCUUUUCACCAACUGCCAUGCAGCAGCUGGCGCAUCCCGACGGUGAAGAGGGAACCGCCAAAGCCACAGCAACAGUGGGUGUACCCAUGGGUCUGAGCAACUACUCCACCAUUGAGCUUGAAAAGGUGAUUUCCCAUGGAAAGGGGAAUCCGUAUGUGAUGCAGAUGAGUCUGCUUAAGAAUAAGGAUGCUAUGAUCAAGAUGAUUAAGCGAGCUGAGAAGGCUGGAUUCAAGGCCCUGCUGGUCACUCUCGAUGCUCCCUACCUCGGCCGACGAUUAAACGAGUUCCGCAACAAAUUUAGCCUUCCCCAGGGCAUGGAGUAUCCCAACCUCUUCCCUGGUGUCGAUGUCACCAAUCUCGAGGACGGCGACGAGUCGAUGGCAUACGACUGCGCUCUCGAGUGGCCUCAGUUGAUGCCCUUUUUCCGCAAGCACACCAAGAUGCAGAUCUGGGGCAAGGGCAUUUACACCGCCGAUGACGCCGAGCUAGCCAUCAAGCACGGCCUCGAUGGUAUCGUUGUCUCCAACCACGGCGGCCGCCAGCUUGACAGUGUGCCUGCAUCCCUUGAUGUUCUUCGAGAGGUUGUUCCGAUUGCCAAGGGCCAUAUUCCCAUCGCCGUUGACGGAGGCAUUCGUCGCGGUACCGACAUCUUCAAAGCUCUAGCAUUGGGAGCCGACUUUUGUCUUGCUGGACGACCGGCCAUCUGGGGCCUAGCUUACAACGGAGAAAAGGGUGUCGAACUCGCUCUCAACCUUCUCUACGACGAGUUCAAGACAUGCAUGGCGCUCGCUGGCUGCAAAAACGUCAACGAGAUCACAAAGGACUACAUUUCUCUGCUGCAGCCCGAUGGAAGGCUUUCCAAGCUGUAA